CUUUUGCUGCUCCCACUCGUGCGCGCUCUGAGUAGCAGCAGACAGCGCUAAAUAAGUGAAGCCUUUUCAGAGGCAAUAAGGCAGCCGCAGCAGGAGCAUCGUCCGCAGCUAGCACACACACUGACAGUCGCGCGGACUGUUAGAACGCCGACGCUAUCUGGUCUCGCGCACUCUGGACGCGCUGCAAUCAAGAUUGCUUUGAAUAUUCUCUAUUUAAGAUUACUUUGAAUAUUCUCUAUUUAGGCUCUUCAGAACAAUUUCCGUAUUCUCUUCGACCUUAAUAGGUUAUAUAUUGUAGUGCGCUGGCACGGAUGUUCUAUUAGGCUACUCUGCUGUCUCUUGAUGGUGAAAAUACUCGGGAGGUGAAUUUGUAUCCAACUGUCAACGAGAGUGGAUGACUCUGGUCGACCUCUGUCAUCUUGAAGUUGUCUUAUUUGGGCGUUUUGAGCAUCCUACGGACUGUGAAUUGUGAUGUUCUUGUGCCAUUGUCGCGCUGCUUCACCAGGUUAAGAGGAUAGUGUUUGAGUUGGAGAGAUUUUAACGCGGAAACCUUGUGCAUCACGGAGACCAGGAAGAGAGAACCGUCAGCGCCAAUAACACCUGCAACAGAACGCGUCUCCGUUCCUUCCAUAUAUGGUGCAACACCAAAACUGGAACCUUGGAAUAAUCCUACAGAAAACCUGUCAUCGAGAAUAAAUCUGUUUUAAAUUCGCUGUGAUAGGCUACAAUCGGGUUGAGAUUGCUCGCUGCUGUUGAACCCCCUACCUAGGCUACGGUUGCUGUUGUCCUGUUUGGACCAUUUUAAUAGGCUACUAUAUUCUCCUCUCGGCUCGGACGACCCGGAAUUUGCGAUGCUUGAGCAGUGAGAGCUGGGUGGAUCUUAUUUGGUCGUCCUGCACGCCACAGUAGCAUGGCCCCGUCGCGAAGGCACUGCGGAUGGGAGAUGCCGCCUCUGUCGGGAUGCCUGCUCCUGUCCAUCUUGGCGUUUCAACCUGUGCUAGCCAAGGUCUGCAAUGACUAUACGAGGCACGGUCAGGACAACAGCUGGUUCUCGGGGGAUGAUGAGAAAUUGCCCAUCAUGGUGCUCAUGCCGAUGAACGAGUCGGCGCUGAUGAGCAGCAUUAGUCAGGGCAUCGAGCCUGCUGUCCAACUGGCCAUCCAGCACAUACGAGAGUCACAGAAGUACAAGUUUUCACUCAUCACCAAAAUCUACGACACCGAGUGUGACAACGCCAAGGGAUUGAGGGCCUUCUUCGACGCCAUAUGUUACGGACCCAAACACCUGAUGAUCUUCGGAGGGGUGUGUCCUUCUGUCACAUCCAUCAUCGCUGAGUCACUGGAGGGGUGGAACCUGGUACAGCUCUCCUUUGCAGCAACAACUCCUGUUCUGGCCGACAAGAAGAAGUACCCCAACUUUUUCCGAACGGUUCCGUCGGACAACGCGGUGAACCCAGCAGUGGUCAAGUUCCUCAACUUUUACAACUGGAGCCGCGUGGGGACCCUCACACAGGACGUUCAGAGGUUCUCAGAGGUGAGGAAUGACUUGACCAAUGAGCUGGAAAAGGCGGACAUCCAGAUCGCUGACACCGAGAGCUUCUCCAACGACCCCUGUGUCAACGUCAAGAAGCUGAAGGAUAAUGACGUAAGGAUCAUUAUCGGACAGUUUGAUGAGAACCUGGCCUCCAAAGUGUUCUGCUGUGCGUACAACCUGAAUAUGUAUGGUAGUAAGUACCAGUGGAUCAUACCAGGCUGGUACCAGGGCAACUGGUGGGAGCAGGCCAACUCCACCAACUGCACCACCAGGAAGUUGCUGACUGCUAUGGAGGGAUACAUCGCUGUGGACUUUGAACCCCUCAGCGCCAAACAGGUCAAGGGGAUCUCUGGAAGGACACCUAAAGAGUACGAGAGGGAGUACAGUAAAGAGCUGCAGCAGAAGGGGGUGGAGCCCUCGAAGUACCACGGCUUCGCCUACGACGGGAUCUGGGUGAUAGCUAAGACCCUGACCCGCGUCAUGGACUUACUGCAGCACAAGGAGAGGCAGGACAUGCACCACAACUUCACCGUGGACGACCGGGAGGUGGGCAGGCUGGUAUUGGACGUCAUGAACGAAACCAACUUCUAUGGUGUCACGGGCCAAGUCAUGUUCAGGAACGGAGAACGGAUGGGUACCAUCAAAUUCACACAGUUUCAAGAGGGGCAGGAGGUGAAGGUAGGAGAGUACAACGCUAUUGCUGAUGUCCUGGAUCUCAUCAACAACACCAUGCGGUUCCAAGGGGUGGAGCCUCCUAAGGACCGUACGUUUGUGCGUCUGCAGCGUCGCAACAUCAACGUACCCCUCUACAGCAUCCUGUCUGUUAUCACCAUCCUGGGCAUGCUCAUGGCAGGGGCCUUCCUCUUCUUCAACAUCAAGAACCGCAACCAUAGACUGAUCAAGAUGUCCAGUCCCUACAUGAACAACCUUAUCAUCCUGGGUGGAAUGCUCUCCUACUCCUCCAUCUUCCUCUUCGGCCUGGACGGCGCCUUGGUGUCCGACAAAGAGUUUGAGGCCUUGUGUACUGUGCGAACAUGGAUCCUUAUUGUGGGCUACACAACAGCGUUUGGUGCCAUGUUUGCCAAGACCUGGAGAGUCCAUGCUAUCUUCAAGAACGUCAAGAUGAAGAAAAAGAUUAUCAAGGACCAGAAGCUGCUGAUCAUUGUGGGUGGGAUGCUGCUGAUUGACCUGUGCAUCCUCAUCUGCUGGCAGAUCGUUGAUCCGCUGAAGAGGACCGUGGAGGAGUACAGCUUGGAGGCGGACCCCCAGGGGCGGGACAUAGCCAUCCGGCCCUUCCUGGAACACUGUGAGAACACACACAUGACCAUUUGGCUGGGGAUCGUUUACGCGUACAAGGGCCUGCUUAUGUUGUUUGGGUGCUUCCUGGCUUGGGAGACGAGGAAUGUGAGCAUCCCAGCCCUGAAUGACAGCAAGUACAUCGGGAUGAGUGUGUACAACGUGGGCAUCAUGUGUAUCAUCGGGGCGGCCGUGUCCUUCCUCACGCGAGACCAGCCCAAUGUGCAGUUCUGCAUCGUGGCUCUGGUCAUCAUCUUCUGCAGCACGAUCACUCUCUGUCUGGUGUUUGUGCCAAAGUUCAUCACGAUGAGGACCAAUCCAGACGCAGCUACUCAGAACCGGAGGUUAAAGUUCAAUACGAACCAGAAGAAAGAGGACUCCAAGACGUCCACGUCAGUGACCAGUGUGAACCAGGCCAACACGUCCAGACUGGACGGCCUGCAGACCGACAACCACCGCCUCCGCAUGAAGAUAACAGAGUUGGAUAAGGAACUGGAGGAGGUGACCAUGCAGCUGCAGGACACCCCAGAGAAGACCCCGUACAUCAAGCAGAACCACUACGGAGACGUCAACAACAUCCUCAGCAUACGCAACUUCACAGACGGCAAAGAGGGGGAGAAAUCGAUAGUGAAGAAUCAUCUUGAGCAGAAGCCUCAGGCCCAGUGGGGCUCCAUGGAUCCUUCCAGAAUAAACAGAGGUCCCCUGGAGGAUAUCAACUCACCUGAACACAUACAGCGCAGGCUGUCGUUGCAGCUACCCAUCCUGCACCAUGCCUACCUACCCUCCAUAGGGGGGGUGGACGCCAGCUGUACCAGCCCCAACGCCAGUCCCGGCUCCAGCCCGCGGCACAGACACAUGCCCCCGUCCUAUCGGGUCAUGGUCUCAGGCCUGUGAGCAUCAGUCUCCCCUGGCGCUUCCAAGAAAGGACCUCCGUGUUUUAAAAACAACAAGCAGAGCCUAGCUUAGGCCGUCAGCAACAGUGGAAUAAUAUGUGUGUUGGACCAGGGAGGGGGAAUUUGGUUCCACUCGUCAUGCCUCGGUCUCUAGAACCCCUCACUAGAACCAUGGGUCGGGAAGGGAAGGGGGGAGGGCACAGGAGGACCUUACAAAUGACCCACGAUCCAGAGCAACAACCUCCUUUGGUCUCACCCCCCCCCCCCCCCCCCAACAGCAGAGGACCAGACCAGACAUGGGGUGGAUCUGCUUCGGAGGGUUUUUCUGUUGUUGUUUUUAUUUUGUCAUACACUGGACUAUGUGUGAGCCUGUCAAAACGUGAGCAUUUCAGCUACGUCAAUGCCUGGGAGGCGUUACUAUAGGAACAAAGGAGUUCCAGACGGGACUGACGUAGGAUUCAUCAAAAUUCACCAUUGUGAACAAGCAUGUAAAUAGCAUACUUUCUGACUUUGACGUUCCGUUAGCUUUGAGUAUGCUGUGAAUGAACAUAUGGGGGAAUGGGGGGAGGGGUCUGUAUAGGGGUAGGAGGUCCUGAAAAACUAAUGAAACCGUAAAAACUGGCCUACUACAAAGCAAAAUGUAAGACAAAUUGGUUUGUGUAAUAUUACUGCAUCAUUGUAGUGCGUUAAUUGUGUUAAAUGGAUUGGCUCAUGGCAAGAAGUAAGAUUACUCUCAUUUCUGUGACUAGCAAAAUGUCGAAAGACACCAGGGGCCAAUUCUUUUGACUUGGAGUAAUAUGCACACAGCUUUGUUACAUUUGCACCAUUCAUUUUUCUUCAAGAUUAUGCUAUCUCUUUUCACAGGCCUUUAAUGUGUUUCAACUUCCCUAGUUUCAUUUACCUCCAAACAAGAAUGAAAUACUACAGUACAGUAGAAUGCCUUUAGAAGGCAACAGAACCAAACAGGACAGAUUUCCAGGAAACAAUGACAAUAGUAAUGACUCUCCAUGUUCACUAUGUGUUGACACACACACACACACACACACAAACACAUAAAGAUACACACCUAUAGUGAAACAGGAGUGCACACCGUAUCCUAGUGAUGUUACGUGUCCAGACGAGGCCUCGCCAAACAGGCUCCCAUUACCACUGUAAAUGGUCCAGAAACUGUGAUGUCACUCCAUUAUCUGGCUGUAGUGAGGAUAAACAAGUAUCGUUCUAAUGACUAUAUGUUUCAUAAGAUCAAUGAAAUAGGUGCAUGGUCAGACAGCAUCAAAAGUGGUGAGAAACUGAGAUCAAAGACUUGGACAGAGGUUCUGUUGACAAGACAUACAUUCAGAUCGUGAUGAGGAUGUGGGUUUGCCAUUUCGGUUUCAUCAGUAGUUUUGAAACCGUGAAACUAAGUCCCUUUAAGCUGUUUCAAUUAGUUAAUCUAAAUUUCAAUGACCAAAAUGGUAAGUGGAAGAUACGUGAGCCGUAUGUGAACCCUAUCCAGAUGUGGCUUAAGCAGAAAUGGCGCCGAUGGAGACCACAGAACUGCCCACAACAAUGGAACCACAGACUGGGAGAGAAGCACCUCUAAAUCACCUGGCACUUAGCAACAGUGGAACAUACAUCAGAGUUGCUAUAGAAAUGUAUUUCUGUGCAGUUGGCCCAAAGGUAAUUUCUUGGACUAAAAUAGGGCCGUAGACAUAGCUAGCUAUCGUAAUUUUUUUUGUACAACUGUUGUCACAAGAACAAGAAAAAGGCAAAGUGGACGAAAUCCACCGAAAAGUUACGUAUCAUCAUCAGAAGUCUAGAUUUGUUUCAGCAUAUAUUUCACCGUUGGUGUCUUGGUUCCAGUUUUAGUUUUAUAAAGGCGUUUGUUGAGCUCUGUGCUUGUAGUCGUAUCCUGUACCCUGCAGGAGCCACAGUAUACACCAGGCCCAGUAGGUAGUGGUGGUGGUGGUGUGGGCCAGGCUAAAUUAACUCAACAAGAAUCUGUAACGCAUCUGUAAAUUGUAUAACCUGUCAUGACUUCUUAACCAUUCAAUGCUCCAACACCUGGAAUAUACAGGGUGAGAUAGAUCACUUGGGGACAACUCAUUACAGAGAGUGGGCUGCUCUGUGAGCUGGGCCUGGCGUCUGAACGCUGAUGAUGUCUGUCAGCCAAGGAGGAAGCCUAUUGGAGGACAAGGAAUGGUUGGGAAGGAGCAGGUUGGAGACAGUACUGCUAUUGGACACAUCCAGGUGUGAAUUCCUGUCUGAGCUCCUCCCCCUAGCCUGGAGUCAAUGGGGCUGUCCAGAGCAGCAGCACAGCAGCACAGACCUCCAUGAAGUGAAAAGGCUUCUUUCUCAUCCAUCUUUGCCCACCAGAGAAACACACAGUCGUUUCUGAGUGAGUGAGACACUGGGGUUGGUUGUUCCUUCAGAAAAAAAACGACACAUUUUAUAUAUUACAUUAUAUGUGAUUGUGUAAAAUUUGCUGAUACCCUGAUGGUGUUGAUGUAUGUAUGAAAUAUUUGGUAUUUGGCUUUCUCAAGAUGGCAUGAAAUAAAAUGUAUAAUUCACAUAGGAGUUACCUGUUUUUACGACUGUCGUGACAAAUCCACUUGGUUUCUUCUCAGUCAAGCCAGUUUCAUUUUUAUAUCCCGUCAAAAUGUUGCUUUAAUUUCUGCCAACCUCUUGUUCAGCAGUCCUGUCACAUUCUUUAAGAGGACAUCACCAAGCAGUCAAUGUCAAAGCCAAGAUUCUCAGUGAGAAAUCCCCCCACACACAAUAUAAUGUAAACUACAUGCAGCAUUACACAUGCUGCAAGAUGCUGAGGGCAAUAAGUGUACAACACGUAAUAGCUUUGGCUAGCUGUAUCAGAAUGAACCUAUAGAACAGUCAAUAACACAUCAAAAAUGUUCUUUUCUCAGCAUUCAUGGAACCUGACAGUCACUAUUUAUUGUUCUUACAAAAUGCCAAAUGCUGUUUAUCAGGUACUGUUACUAUUAUUUGCAAUGUGCCCUAAUUUUCUAUUAUUAAUUAAAAAUUGUUCUCAACGUCUGCAACAAUAGUUCAUCAAAUGCAAUGUUAGUAGUUAAAGGGCUCAUAAUAACUGGUAAUAAACUGCUUUUUCAUGCUAACGUUCUGUAUUAGCCAGGGCUACUCUGUUCUUCGGUUUCUUUCAGUUUAAAGGUCAAAAACACAUGUGUGUAUAUAAAUAUAUAUAUAUAUAUAUAUAUAUUCAUAUAUUUGUAUAUAUCGUCAUCAGGGUUUCUGGAAAAUCUAUUACAAAAUCUAUGAGAAAUAUACAGUACCAGUCAAAAGUUUGGACACACCUACUCAUUUAAGGGUGUAUUUGAUUUUUAUUAUUUUCUACAUUGUAGAAUAAUAGUGAAGACAUCAAAACUAUGAAAUAACACAUAUGGAAUCAUGUAGUAAGCAAAAAAGUGUUAAACAAAUCAAAUAUAUUUUAUAUUUGAGAUUCUUCAAAGUAGUCACCCUUUGCCUUAAUGACAGCUUUGCACACUCUUGGAAUUUUCUCAACCAGCUUCAUGAGGUAGUCAUCUGGAAUGCAUUUAAAUUAACAGGUGUGCCUUGAUAAAAGUUAAUUUGUGGAAUUUCUUUCAUUCUUAUUGAGUUUAAGCCAAUCAGUUGUGUUGUAAAAAGGUAGUGGUGGAAUACAGAAGAUAGUCCUACUUGGUAAAAGACCAAGUCCAUAUUAUGGCAAGAACAGCUCAAAUAAGCAAAGAGAAACGACAGUCUAUCAUUACUUUAAGACAUGAAGGUCAGUCAAUCCUGAAAAUUUCAAGAACUUUGAACGUUUCUUCAUGGGCUGUCGUAAAAACCAUCAAGCACUAUGAUGAAACUGGCUCUCAUGAGUACCGCCACAGGAAAGGAAGACCCAGAGUUACCUCUGCUGUAGAGGAUAAGUUCAUUAGUUAUCAGCCUCAGAAAUUGCAGCCCAAAUAAAUGCUUCACAGAGUUCAAGUAACAGACACAUCUCAACAUCAACUGUUCAGAGGUGACUGCGUGAAUCAGGCUUUCAUGUCCGAAUUGCUGCAAAGAAACCAUUACUAAAGGACACCAAUAAUAAUAAGAGACUUGCUUGGGCCAAGAAACACGAGCAAUGGACAUUGGACUGAUGGAAAUCUUUCCUUUGGUCUGAUGAGUCCAAAUUUGUGAUUUUUGGUUCCAACCGCCAUGUCUUUGUGAGACGCAGAGUAGGUGAAUGGAUGAUCUCCACAUGUGUGGUUCCCACCGUGAAGCAUGGAGGGGGAGUUGUGAUGGUGCUUUGCUUGUGACACUGUCUGUGAUAUUUAGAAUUCAAGGCACACUUAACCAGCAUAACUACCACAGCAUUCUGCGCGAUACGCCAUCCCAUCUGGUUUGCGCUUAGUGGGAUUAUCAUUUGUUUUUCAACAAGACAAUGACCCAACACACCUCCAGGCUGUGUAAGGGCUAUUUUACCAAGAAGGAGAGUGAUGGAGUGCUGCAUCAGAUGACCUGGCCGCCACAAUUUUCAACCUCAACCCAAUUGAGAUGGUUUGGGAUGAGUCGGAACGCAGAGUGAAUUAAAAGCAGCCAACAAGUGCUCAGCAUAUGUGGGAACUCCUUCAAGACUGUUGGAGAGAAUGCCAAAAGUGUGCAAAGCUGUCAUCAAGGCAAAGGGUGUCUACUUUGAAGAAUCUAAAAUAUAUUUUGAUUUAACAAACACUUUUUUGGUUACUACAUGAUUCCAUGUGUUAUUUCAUAGUUUUGACGUCUUUACUAUUAUUCUACAAUGUAGAAAAUAGUAAAAACAAAACCCUUGAAUGAGUGGGUGUGUCCAAACUUUUGACUGGUACUGUAUAUAAAAAUAAAUUUCAUUCUAUUCCAGUUUUUGUCAAUUUAAUAUGUGGUAUUCCAAACACACAUUGUAGAAUUUAAGUUAAAUGUAAUAACCUUAUGUUAAAUGCAAAAUAUAACAUGUAUGAGAAGGGCAAUAACUUGUUUUAUUAUUCCAGAAAUAUAGAGAAAUAUAUAUACCAAUCUUUAUGUUCUAAACAUAGAUUUUUCAUAAGAAACCUUGACGUUCACAAUGGCCACGAUGAUACUUGGAACAUAUUGGAAACGUUUUUUUUUAUUUACAGUAUCUGUAACUAUGGUAUGAAAAGUUGAGAUAGAUAUGAAAACAUGUAUAAAAUAAGUAUCACACUGGAAUACAAUAACAUUUUGGAACCAUCGGUUGUUAUGGGGCAUUUUGAACAGAAUUCUGCUUUAAAAUGUCUGAAUGUUAUGGGACAGCCUUUACUUUUCACAUCAACGUCAAAUAAAGUGAGACUGAAAAUAA